CUGGGGAAGAGGAAGAAUGCGCCACUCAUGCUGCUGCUCGCGAGAUUAUCGCCAGCUCUCCACAGCAGGGAAUGCGCACAGUCCGCGGGAGGAGGAACGAAGAAGGGAAGUUCUACCGAUGCGUUGAAGAUCUAUGAGAGAAUCAGGAGGGAUGGAGCCACGCCCAGCGUGCCAAUCACUCUGGCAGCGCUCAAGCUGUGCAGCAGCUCCAGAUAUCUGGAAGCCGGGCGGACAAUCCACCGCGAGCUCAGUGAUUCGCGAGAGAUGGCAAAUAUUUUCGUGGUGAACACCCUGAUCGACAUGUACGCCAAGUGUGGUAGCGUCGGCGAGGCUCGGCAACUCUUCGAGAUCACUGCCACUGCGCGCUCCUCCACGGUGGUGUCCUGGAACGCGAUCAUCGCCGGCUACGCCGAUUGCGGCGAGCCUCGCGUCGCGCUCGAGCUCUUCCAGCGGAUGCUAGACGAGGGAUUUCGACCGGAUGGCCGGACUUUCGUGGCGGCACUGCGAGCUUGCGCGAUCCUGGCACUGGAAGAGGAGGAUCGCCAGAUUGGCGAGGACAACGUCAAGAGCAAGCUCCUGGAGAGAGGGAUGGCUCUACACUCGCAGGCGUGCUGCUAUGGGCUGGAAUCCAACGUCUACGUCGCGAAUACGCUGGUGGACAUGUAUGGGAAGUGCUCGAGCAUGGCCGACGCGAGGAGGGUGUUUGAUCGAAGCUGCCACUGCGUGAUCUCGUGGAACACGCUGAUGAUGGGAUACGCCGAGAGUGGCGAUGGUCAGGAGGCGCUGGAUCUCUUCCAGCGGAUGGAAAGUGAGGGAUUCCGGCCGGAUGGUCGGAGCUACACCGCUGCGAUCAAGGCCUGCGCGAGCUUCGCGUCGAGAGAAGAUGGAAAGCUCUUAGAAGUCGUAGAUGGUAGCACCAGCAGCGAGGGUGGCACCAAGAUCAAAGAUGGUAACAACGAUGGUAGCACCGAGAUCCAGGAUAACAGCGAUGGUAGCUCCAGAAUGACUGAAGAUGGUAGCACUAAGCUCAAGAUCGCUGGAAGAACCACCAGAGUUUUCAAAGCUGGAGCGCUCGAGAGGGGCUUCUACCUCCACGCUCGAGCUGCCGGCGAUGGAUUCCAGUCCAGCGUCUUCGUGGCCAACGCGCUCAUCGAAAUGUACGGCAAGUGCGGCACCGCGGCAGACGCGCGGCGGAUAUUCGACGCCAUGGUAGACCGCAACGUGGUGACGUGGGCGACCAUGGUGCUGGCAUAUGCCGAAAAUGGCGACGCCGGGCUCGCGCUGCGUCUCUUUCGUACGAUGCGCGAGGACGCCGGGUUGGUGCCCGACUCGGGCGCUUACAUCGCGGCGCUCAAGGCGUGUGGAGCGCUGGCGGAUCUGGAGCGGGGGCGGAAGCUCCACGAGGAGAUCGCGGCGCGGGACGAUCUGGCCGCGCACUCGAUCCUGGAGACGUGCGUGCUGGAUUUCUACGCCAAGUGUGGCAGCAUGGGCGAGGCACGCCGGGUGUUUGAUUCCAUGCCCCGCCGCGAUCUCGUCGCCUGGAACGCUCUCAUCGCCGGGUACGCCGAUCAGGGGGACUUCGAUCGCUGCUUCCAGCUCUUCGACGACAUGGGCGCCAAGAACAGUGGAGUCCGCCCGGAUGGAGUGACGUUCCUCUCGAUCCUCUCGGCCUGCGGCCACGCGGGCCUCGUGGAUCGAGCCAGAUUCUACUUUGCGCUGAUGCGAUCGCCGCGGUUCGGGGUGGAUCCCAGCGUGGAGCACUACAACUGCAUGGUGGAUGUGCUGGGGCGCGCGAAUCAGCUGGGCGAGGCCAUGGCGAUGGUGGAGGAGAUGCCGCACGGGGGCAAUGUGAGGCUGUGGACGUCGCUGUUGAGCUCGUGUAGGAAAUGGGGCAAUGUGCGCGUCGGGAAGAUCGCGUUUGAGGCGCUCCUGGCGCUCGACGAUCGAGGAUCCCCGGCCUACGUCCUCAUGGCCAACAGCUACGAGAACGACGGGUUUCUAGGGUUCUUGAGCAGAAAUUAGGGCUUCUUUGACUUUUUUGGUCAAAUUUUGACUAGGCUGGUCAAAGGGGGGAAGGUAUGAUUCCCGACAAAGACAACACACGCGGGACGCGUCGGCGCACACGAAUCCUUCGCGCCUCCUCCAACCAAUUCCUUCUUUUUCAAAGUACACCAAAGCUUUUUGAUUGAUUGGAAAAACUAUUUCAAAGA